UGAUUCUAACAUACCAACUUAUUGGGACAUUGCUCUCAGACCCCUCUGCAAAAAUUAUACGUGAUAUUGGAACUCAAGUACAUCUAGCCAAUGUAUCCCGUUUACCUAGAAUUCAGUUCGACUUUUUAUCAAUAAAAGAGACAAAUGAAGAGAGGAUAACCCGAGAACAACGUCAAGAGUCAAUUAGAAAUGGCUUUCUCCAUGCUUGGCGCGGCUAUACUAAAUACGCGUGGGGAUAUGAUGAACUAAGACCUGUUAGCAAUGGAAGUAACAAUAAUUUUAAUGGGUGGGGUGCAACAAUAGUUGAUUCUCUGGAUACUAUGUGGAUAAUGGAUUUAAAGGACGAAUUUAAUAAAUCUAGAGAUUUUGUAAGCAAGGUGGAUUUCUCCACGAGCGAUGGGUUUAUUAGUGUAUUUGAGACAACGAUUAGAUAUUUGGGUGGAUUAUUAAGUGCAUUCGAAUUGUCAGAUGAUCCAAUCUUUUUAGAGAAAGCGUAUGAAUUAGGGACUGCUUUGCUACCUUCCUUUAAUAGUUCUACUGGAUUACCAUAUAACGAAUUGUCACUUGCAAAGUACGAUUAUUCCAUUUCAACGUAUUUAGAGAUGAAUAAGUAA